AUGUCGCGAUUCUUCAGACAAGCUGGCGAUUCAGACUCUGAUACAGAGGAGUCCGAUGAGGAGCUCCUCACUAGCGGUGAUGAAGAUGCCGCCGCCCCAAAAACUACUGCCAAACCGGCCAUGUCAAGAUUCCUACGCACAGCGGGAAGCGAUUCUAGUAGCUCAGACUCAGAGUCAUCCGAUGAGGAUGAAAGUGAGAUGUCAGAUGAAGAGCCAACACAGAAGAAGAAGUCCCGAUUCAUGCGUGGCGAUUCGGAUGAAGACAGUGAAGACGAGGAUGUCAAACGUGUUGUAAAAAGCACCAAGGACAAGCGCUUGGAGGAAAUUGAAGCUACCGGCAAGGUCAUGGACAAUGGCCUUAAAAUCAACGACUGGGUCGCCAUAUCAAACGAAUUCGACAAGCUCUUGCGUCUCGUGCAACGACAGAGUAAUGCUGCAGAACCGUUACCUCCAUUUUUUGUCAAAACCCUUCUAAGUCUAGAGAACUCCCUUAACGCCGCUCUAGCAAAGGAGAAGGAGGCAAAGAAGAAGAUGAAUGCCACCAAUGCUCGAGCGCUCAACUCCAUGAAGCAGAAGGUCCGCAAAACUGCUAAAGAGUUUGAAAAGGAGGUCCAGCAGUAUCAGAAUGAUCCAGAAGCAUUCGAACGUGAAUUUGCCGCUCACGCUCAACCUGCGGAUGUUGUUGUCCCCAAAUCCAAGAAGCCGAAGAAGGGUGCAGACUCUGAGAGUGACGGGGAACCGGUAUUAGAUGAUCGGUUCACCACAGUCGGCAAAGGCGGCAAAGCUAUGUCUUUCUCCGCGGACAACAUCUUUAAAACUUUGAAGCUUGUUCAUGAGGCUCGUGGCAAGAAGAACACUGACCGAGGAGAACAAAUACGGAUUCUGGAGAAACUCCUAGAAGUAGCGGUCACAUCAUACCAACGCAUCCGCAUCCUCUUGGCGCUUGUUUCAUCCCGAUUUGACUACAAUUCAUCGAUCACAUCGUAUAUGCCAACUGAUCUGUGGCUCUCGGCGCAACAUGAAGUCGAUCAGUUGAUCUCAAUAGUGGUCGCGGACUCGUCCUACUCUGUGCAGGAGGACACUGAGGAUUAUGAUGAACUCGUUGAGCGCCAUCCUGCAACCGAAAGUGAUGGGGUUGUUCGCAUUCGUGGCAGCAUCAUCAGCUUUGUAGACCGUCUGGAUGACGAGUUCACGAAGAGUCUACAAAACAUCGAUCCUCAUGGAACGGAAUAUAUCGACCGUCUUAAGGACGAGAAAGUACUUUAUCGUACUAUCAGUCGUUCGCAAGCUUUCUAUGAACAGUCGAGCCAGCCGGAACCCCUUGCGAGAGUGAUCAUGCGACGGUUGGAGCACAUCUAUUCCAAGCCUGAUGCUGUCGUAUCUGCUCUUGAGUCUUCAUUGGCUUCGUCGGAGAUAACUCCCGGCGUCACCCUGGCGUCUUCUGCUACCACUUCGUCCUUGAUUCACUCCCUUUGCGUUCAUCUUUACAAAGCCGACAACUCCCUUCUGCGCACUCGCGCCAUGCUCAGUCACAUCUACCAUCAUGCGUUGCACAAUGACUUCUACACGGCACGAGACAUGUUACUUAUGUCGCAUCUGCAAGAGUCAAUUCAUUCUGCAGACGUCGCAACGCAGAUCUUGUAUAAUCGAACCGUUGUACAGCUUGGGCUUUGUGCUUUCAGAUGCGGGUUGAUAAAAGAGGCUCAAGCGACACUGCAAGACAUCUUCACAACACAGCGCGUAAAGGAGUUGCUUGCUCAGGGUGUCCACCAACAGCGUUUUCAACAACAACUUACGCCAGAGCAAGAGAAGGCGGAACGGUCACGUCAAUUACCAUUCCAUAUGCAUAUAAACACUGAGCUUCUCGAGGCGGCUUUCCUCGUAUCCAGUAUGCUCGUCGAAGUCCCCCUUCUUGCCAGCAUCGAAUCAGAAGAGCAGAAGCGCAAGGCGAUCUCAAAGCCAUUCCGCCGGUUACUUGACUUUGCCGACCGUCAAGUGUUCACGGGCCCUCCUGAAAGCACGCGCGAUCACAUCAUGCAGGCGAGCAAGGCGCUGCAAGACGGCGAAUGGGAGAAAUGUCGUGACCUCAUCCAGAGCAUCAAGAUUUGGAAUCUGAUGCCUGAAGUCGCGUCAGUCAAAGAGAUGCUUGCAAAACGUAUUCAGGAGCAAGGACUGCGCACGUACCUUUUCACAUAUGCCCCUUAUUACAGCACUCUCUCACUGUCUCUCCUGUCGCGCACAUUUUCUCUUCCGCUUCGCUCCGUUACAUCGAUGAUCUCUAAAAUGAUUUGGAAUGAAGAGCUGUCGGCGUCUCUUGAUCAGUCAACUGGUGUAGUGGUGUUUCACCGCAUUGAGCACUCACGUCCGCAGCAGCUUGCUCAGGUUAUUGCGGAUAAAGUCAGUGCACUCCUCGAGCAGAACGAAAAGGUCCUUGACAUCAAGCUUGGCGGUAGCGGAGGAUGGGGUGACAGGGGCGGUGACAAGGGUGAGAAACGGGGUGAACAAACUCAAGAACGUAGAGGAAGAGGAGACAGGACGCGAGGAAGCCUGCGCGGUGGUCCUCGUGGACGCGGCUCGCGAUUUGCCCAGGGUCUUGGUAAUCAGAUGACAAGAGUACGAUGA